AUAAAGGGCCCAGUAAUGUGCGGACAGGCACUUGUGUAAGCCUGCUCAGUUUUUUUUCUUUAAAGCACAUCUGGUCAGCACCAUGUCCGGCACACAUAAACUCAUAUUUGCUGGAUUACUGAUUUUCAUUUCAGUGAAGUGGACUGUGUCUGUUCCAGAGGAUGAGCUCCAUGCCGAAUAUUGGAACAACAAAGCGAAGCAGGCUCUUCACACUGCAAUGAAUGCUCAGCGUAAUAGCAACAAAGCCAAGAAUGUCAUCCUCUUCCUGGGGGACGGUAUGGGGAUACCGACAGUGACUGCUGCGCGGAUCCUCAAAGGCCAGUUGGCCGGACGUUCUGGGGAGGAGACCAGUCUGGUCAUGGAUUCCUUCCCACACCUGGCCCUGUCUAAGACAUACAAUGUGGACCAGCAGAUGCCAGACAGUGCUGGCACCGCCACAGCUUACUUAUGUGGCGUGAAGGCCAACUACGGCACCCUCGGUGUCACUGCCGCCACCCAGAGGUACAACUGUAGUUCAGCCUACGGGAACGAGGUCAAAUCAGUUCUGCACCGCGCCAAGUUAGCAGGAAAAUCUGUGGGAAUUGUCACCACAACCAGAGUGCAGCACGCCUCUCCUGCGGCAUCCUACGCUCACACCGCCAACCGAGGCUGGUACUCUGACUCCCAUCUCACUGACGAGGCCGUCCAAAAUGGCUGCCGUGACAUUGCAUACCAGUUGGUUCACAACACAGAAAUAAAUGUCAUUCUCGGUGGAGGUCGUCAGUACAUGUUUCCCAAAAAUAUGCAAGACCCGGAGUACCCAUCUUACACAGGAGACCGAGCUGAUGGACAAAAUCUUGUUCUGGAGUGGACAAAGAACAAAAAGAAUGUUGCCUACGUUUGGAACAAAGCUGAUUUUGAUAAGAUCAACCCUCAAAAUACGGACUUCCUGAUGGGUCUCUUUGAGCCCAAGGACUGCCGCUAUGAGUUGGACCGUGAUCCGUCCAUGGACCCCUCCCUUACGGAGAUGGUGGAGAAAGCAAUUAGGAUUCUCAGCAAGAACCCAAAAGGAUAUUUCCUCUUUGUGGAAGGUGGGAGAAUUGACCACGCUCACCAUGAUGGGAAGGCCAAAAAAUCUCUCCAUGAGGCUGUGGAGCUUGACCGGGCGAUUGGCCGAGCAGCUGAACUCACCAGUGAGCUGGACACCCUGAGUGUCGUCACUGCUGACCACUCCCAUGUCUUUGCCUUUGGAGGAUCUUCUGCCAGAGGAAACCCUGUUUUGGGAGUGUCUCGCUCACUAGCCAACGACAGCAAGCACUUCACCACUGCUGUGUAUGGAAAUGGACCAGGAUACCAGAUUGCCAAUGGAACACGGCCAGAUGUGAAUGAGACGAUUUCCAUGGACAACGACUAUCGUCAGCAGGCUCCCGUCCCUCUUGAUUCGGAGACCCACGGCAUCGAUGAUGUUGCCAUCUUCGCCAAAGGUCCCAUGUCUCACCUUUUCGACGGGGUCCAGGAGCAGAACUACAUUGCCCACGUCAUGGCUUACGCUGCCUGCCUGGAGCCCUACGAGGACUGCAGACUGACCCAGAGCAACCAUGUUGCAUCCAUCCACCCCAGCUUGCUGCUCCUUCUGAUGGGCCUCCUUCUCUUCUCCCUGCACUCCGUCUGAGACAACAGCUUUUGGAGAUUUUCUCCUGAUCUUAGAAUAACUGUAAAAAAUAAAUUAUACUUCACACUGUCUGUGUGGAAUCGAAGAGCUGUAUGGUCGCACAACUUUGUGAUCACCGCCAUUUGAAGUAAUUUAUUCUUGUUAUUAAAAGCAUGUCAGUGUGUCAUUAUUGCAUAGAGCCAUGACUUUCAAUACUCAUUUGAGUUUAUUUAUCUGAAAAUAUGGUUUCAAUUAUGUUUGAAAUAUUUAUAAUAAAGCUGUCAUUUACAAUAAGACAAAAACA